CCUCCUGACUUGAUUCCGUCCUCUUUAGAAUCGACAGCUGUCGUCUAGCUCUUUGUUGCUACCGAAAAACUCCCGUUACACACAGAAUCGAGCACUCCAGACCCUCCCGAGCUACGGCCACACCGAAUAACUGACCAUGGCGGACCAAGCAUAUGUGACUCUGGCCACAAAUGACAACUAUGCCAAAGGAGCGAUGGUUCUGGGGAGGUCGCUACGCAACCAUAACACAACCAAACAACUGGUGGUUCUGAUUGGACCGCACGUAGCAGAGCCCUGCAGGGCCAUGCUGAGUAGCAUCUAUGACGAGGUGUGUGUGGUGGAUAUCUUGGACUCUGGGGACACGGCCCACCUGGCCCUGAUGAAGAGACCAGAACUCGGAGUGACCUUCACCAAGCUGCACUGCUGGACACUCACACACUACACCAAGUGUGUUUUUAUGGACGCAGACACACUGGUGUUGUCCAACAUUGAUGAGCUGUUUGAGAGGGAGGAGUUAUCUGCUGCGCCUGAUCCUGGUUGGCCAGAUUGUUUCAACUCGGGCGUGUUCGUCUUUAAACCGUCCAAUGAAACCUACCUCAGCCUUAUGACACACUGCACUGAGAAAGGCAGCUUUGACGGUGGGGACCAAGGAGUUCUGAACAGUUUCUUCAAUACCUGGUCAACAGCAGACAUUUCCAAACACCUGCCUUUUAUCUACAACCUCAGCAGCAUCGCUAUAUACACCUAUCUACCAGCCUUCAAACAGUACGGUCAUGAGGCUAAGGUGGUCCACUUCCUGGGGAAGGUGAAGCCAUGGAACUACUCCUAUGACACCCAGACUGGGAAGGUCAAAGGUCACACCCUCACCCCUGGCUCGGGUGACCUGCACCCUGACUUCCUGGUUCAGUGGUGGAACCUCUACUCCUCUGGGGUCCUACCUGCUCUCAGAGACUCAUAUGGAGACACACUGUUCUGCUCCGGCUGCACUGAGGAGGAGGUCUGUGACAGUGUGGUUGAGAUCAUCCUCCCCCCGCCUCCCCCUCAGGCGCCCCAGGUGUCCAGUGAGGAGAGGAGGCAGCGAUGGGAGGCGGGCCAGGCGGACUACAUGGGAGCCGACUCCUUCGAAAGCAUCCAGAGGAAACUGGACUGCUUCCUUAAGUAGAGGGCCAGAGGAGGGAUGACGGACGGAGAGGGCAUCCAUUGGCAGGCCUGAGAUGCGUCAGUCAGGGCGGGGAUCAACUGGCAUUCGACCAAUCAGAAGAGAAAGCGGUAGAGCAUGGCGUAUUGAAAACAGUCCCAUCCUGGGCCUCUCUCUCUCUCUCUGUUUUUCACUCUGUGUUCGUGCGUCUGUGUGGCCUGGUCCUGCAGAAAUAACCCCUGCAGAGACUGGUCCAUUCAGUGUUUGAACACCAGUUUACUACACUAUGCAGCCCCCAUACCACCACCUCGGCGCAGAAGCCUUGGUCAAUAAGUAAUGACUCAGUAAUAACCUCACUGUGACUCUGCCUCACCAAGUCCCAUCCAGACCCCAUGACUCUAACAGCUCUAACCCAGUUACUCAGUCAAGCCUGAUAAUGAUAGAGAUAGGGCAGUCGUGCUUUUACUCUGUAAAGUAUUCAGAGAUGCGUGGGUAUGAAGUAUUUCCCUCUAUAAAAUGGAAGAACUUAUUUUGUUUAUUAAAGUUUGCAUCCCAGCGGUUAUUUUUGCUCUCCAUAUGCGUGUUGUGCAUGCUUGUUUCUUUAUAUUAUGAUUAUUGUGAAGGAAGCCCGUUUCUAAAGUGGAAAACCCACCGUAGCGCUUGUCAUUUCGCCAUGUCCUGUUUGAUGUCAUCACUUCCUGUUGGGUUUCCUCACUUCCUGUGUAGUCUGACCAGUUGCCUUACCACCGUCAAAGACUCUUAUUACACAACUAGGCCUAUUCGAAUUGUCGCCGUUCACUGUUUACAGAAAACACUUCUCUGCUGCUGCCAUCCCCCUCCACCUCUACUCCAUUCAACCCUCCUACAGACUUACCUCUACGCUCCUCCAGCUCCACUCUACUUCAUUCAACCCUCCAACAGACUUACCUCCACGCUCCACUCUACUCCACCCUUCUCUACUCUCAACUUGACACCCCCCAGCUCACCCCUCCUACAGCCCUACCUUGUCAACCCCCCCUCCACCACCCUCCAACAUCAACACCCUGAUGUCUCUUCCUCUCCCUGAAGUGUGUACCUUCACCCCGCCUUGUGGAUUUAAAAGGAAUGGACUGGUGUGAAGAAAACCAUAUCAGAUAUUAUUUUGACACGGUGAGAACUCAAGUCCAUGAUUAAUCCAAUGCUUUCACAUCCAUGAAGGGGACAGGGUGAGCAGGUCAAGUGCACACGGGGGCAUAAGGCCAGUAGGGAAUCCUAACACACACACAGCCUAAAAUGAUCUAGUAAGUAAUGGGAUGUAAUAGUUUUGUGGUCCCUCUUAACACACCCACAAACGGCUCUAUAGAGACGUUUCCAAACACUGUGAAACCUUGUGUGUUCUGAACACACCCCGGUAGUUCUCACUGUUUCUGUUCUCUGUAGACACCUAAUAAAGGACUGGUGAAGAAGUCUC